GGGCACGUGAAUUAGACAUUACCUUGGCGCGAAUUAACCAGCAUCAAUGUAUUCACACGAUGUGGCGGACUUUGGGAAUUUUUGCAAGCAUUUGUGUAAUAUCUGAGAUAGUUUACCAAUUUUAUAAAUACCGCUUUACGAGAAGUGUAAGAGGAAAGGAAAAAAAUACAGAAGUACUGUUCUUUCCAGAUAAAAAGGUUGCAUGCAUUAAGCAUUUCACAUCAGAAUGUGAUAGUGAAAGUUGUUCUUACAGUCACGAAGAAAACUCGCUAAGUAAGCUAUUCAGAUAUCUACAUGAAGCAGUGCAUAGUUUGGACGUCUGUGUGUUUGUUAUAACAUGCACUGACUUAGCCGACCUGUUGAUCCAGGCGGCGGAGAGGGGAGUUUGUGUAAGGGUUAUCACAGAUUGUGAACAGGUAGACAUCCCAGGCUCACAGAUCUGGAAACUCCGCAGCCAAGGCAUAGCUGUCAGGACUGAUGAUUCUUCAUUUUUUAUGCAUCACAAAUUUGUGAUCAUAGACAACAAGAAACUUCUGAAUGGUUCUUUUAAUUGGACAAGACAGGCAAUAACAGGUAACCAGGAAAAUCUGUUAGUGACUUCUGAACCUAAAGUGCUUCACAAAUAUGAGGAACGCUUCUCUUUUCUCUGGCAUCUGUACAACCCAAAGAAAGAACAGUGACUAUGGGGCAAAUACAUAAAAAGGAAUCAUCAGUGAAAAUGUAUUUUAAGAUUCUAAAAUUCCUUGACAGAAUUUACAAUUGGUGGAUUAUUAGGUGUGAACCAAGUUUAAAAUUUGUUCUCAUUUGAACAAAAAAUAAAUUUAGUGAAGAAGAGCUUUCUCCUCUAAUUCACUGUCACAUAAUAUCAUCAAGUAAUACAACUUUGAGAGAUGGAUUUUUUAUAUUGCUCAACAUGUACUAGACUAAUAUCACAAAAUAGCAUUCUUUUUAAUAAAAAAUCUUAAUU